CUAACUAAUAGCUAGGCGUUUUUAUUUUAUGUAUGUUAAUAAACGACUUUGUUUAUUAUUUAAAAAUAACAUGACAGCACAGUUUUUUAAGCCGUAACCGCCACGCUUUGUGUGUUCGGGUUUGUUUUUUUAUUAACAUAAAUCUGUUGAUCUUCACGCACAGCUAGUCAGCGCACUAGCAUACUGAGGAUGUUUCCUACGUGAUCAGAGACGAAGUCGAGAAGUACAACCGUAACGGGGUGAACGCCCUGCAGCUGGACCCCGCUCUGAACCGCCUCUUCACCGCGGGCAGAGACUCCAUCAUCCGCAUAUGGAGCGUCAAUCAGCACAAGCAGGAUCCCUAUAUAGCUUCGAUGGAGCACCACACCGACUGGGUGAAUGACAUAGUGCUCUGCUGUAAUGGGAAGACGCUGAUUUCAGCAUCAUCAGAUACUACAGUUAAAGUGUGGAACGCACAUAAGGGCUUCUGCAUGUCCACAUUAAGAACUCAUAAGGACUAUGUCAAAGCUCUGGCUUAUGCGAAAGACAAGGAGCUGGUGGCGUCAGCUGGGCUGGACAGACAGAUCUUUCUGUGGGACGUAAACACACUCACGGCUCUGACCGCCUCCAAUAACACGGUCACCACUUCCUCUCUGAGUGGGAACAAAGACUCGAUCUACAGCCUUGCAAUGAACCAGCUGGGCACCGUCAUCGUCUCAGGAUCAACAGAAAAGGUUUUAAGGGUCUGGGAUCCGCGGACGUGCGCUAAGCUAAUGAAGCUGAAAGGACACACGGACAACGUGAAAUCGUUAUUGUUAAACAGAGACGGUACUCAGUGUCUGUCCGGGAGCUCGGAUGGUACGAUACGACUGUGGUCUCUGGGUCAGCAGCGCUGCAUUGCUACGUACCGGGUCCAUGACGAGGGCGUGUGGGCACUGCAGGCCAACGAAGCCUUCACGCACGUCUACUCAGGAGGUCGUGACCGCAAGGUCUACUGUACGGACCUUCGCAACCCUGAUAUCCGUGUGCUCAUAUGUGAGGAGAAGGCGCCUGUUCUCAGAAUGGAGCUGGACCGCUCAGCAGAUCCCCCUCCUGCCAUCUGGGUGUCCACAGCUAAAUCCUGCGUGAACAAAUGGUCUCUGAAGGGAAUGCACAACUUCCGAGCGUCGGGAGACUAUGACAAUGACUGCAGCACCCCGCUGACCCCUCUGUGUACACAACCUGAGCAGGCCGUUAAAGGUGGUGCCAGCAUAAUUCAGUGUCACAUCCUGAACGACAAAAGGCACAUCCUCACCAAGGACACCAACAACAACGUGGCUUUCUGGGACGUGCUCAAGGCGUGUAAAGGGGAAGACCUUGGCAAAGUGGAGUUUGACGAAGAAGUAAAGAAGCGCUUCAAGAUGGUCUACGUGCCCAACUGGUUUUCUGUGGACCUUAAGACAGGGAUGCUGACCAUCACCUUGGACGAGAGCGACUGCUUUGCUGCAUGGGUGUCCGCCAAAGACGCCGGAUUCACGAGUCCGGACGGAUCGGACCCGAAGCUGAACCUGGGAGGACUUCUGCUCCAGGCUCUGCUCGAGUUCUGGCCUCGAACACACAUCAAUCCAAUGGAAGAAGAAGAAGGAGAAGUUAAUCACGUAAACGGCGAGCAGGAGAACCGGCUUCAGAAAGGCAACGGCUAUUUCCAGGUGCCACCACACACGCCGGUGAUCUUCGGCGAGGCAGGCGGAAGGACGCUGUUUAGGUUAUUAUGCCGAGACUCGGGUGGAGAAACGGAGUCCAUGUUGCUGAACGAAACCGUUCCGCAGUGGGUCAUCGACAUUACUGUGGACAAAAACAUGCCCAAAUUCAACAAGAUCCCAUUCUACCUGCAGCCUCACUCGUCCUCCGGGGCGAAAACGCUCAAGAAGGACCGUCUGUCGGCCAGCGACAUGCUGCAAGUGAGGAAGGUGAUGGAGCACGUCUACGAGAAGAUCAUCAACCUGGACACGGAGUCUCAGACCACAAGCUCAUCGGGAACGGAGAAGCCCGGAGAGCAGGAAAAGGAGGAGGACAUGGCCAUGCUCGCCGAGGAGAAAAUCGAACUCAUGUGCCAGGAUCAGGUUCUGGAUCCAAACAUGGACUUGAGGACAGUGAAGUAUUUUAUCUGGAAGAGUGGCGGAGACUUGACGCUUCACUACAGACAGAAGUCUACGUGAGAGUGAUUGCAGCACGUCUCCCCCCCCCAAUCUUUCACCGCUUUCCUUUCUUGUGUUUGCUCAUGGAGAACAUUCAGCACCAUUCCUCUUCUCUGGCCAUGAGACUGGAAAUAGACUUUGUACAGUAUACUAAUCCAGGACAUUUAAAUAUAUAUUUUUGUUGCACUUUUUGUCUCUUUUUUUUCUUUUUCUUUUCAUUUCAAGUUGGUUGAUGAUGCACAGGGACAUACUCAACCACCCAAUGUUUCUGUUAAAGUAUUCCUCAAGCAAAAAAAUGUUAUAUAAAAUGCCCUGCGGAUGUGCGUUUAGGUCAAAACAUCCGAAACCCCCCCCGCCAAAAAAAAGAGAUUGUCUUAGUAUUUAUGUGACAAUCUGAUUUUUACAAAUCAGUCAGUGAUAAGGCACUGAAUAAGCUACACGGCUUCUGACCAAUCACGUCCGAUAUUAGAUAGUGACCCCCGGAAACUUCUAGUUAACAUGGCUAACUUAGAUAUUCCUACAUUUCAUACUCCUGUAUACUCUCACAUCCUAGCAUUAAAAAAACAAACAAACAAAAAAAAAACACACACACCAGCAUCAAUGUCCAGAAACAUUCGGACGUUUUUGAGCAUCCAGAUCAUUCCACGUAGAUUUUCAGAAUUCAGGGGUACUUCAAAAAACUUCCCGCAUCCGUCACCUCCUUCUACUUCAGCCAUAAUAAAGCCAGAACUGGUGUUGGUAACUGCAAGGUGUGUUAAAUGAGCUUUGAAGAUGUUCUCGUAAUUUCUUUCGUCGGUUCGGUUUGUAAAUAGCUUGCUUUUGAAGUUAUUAUCCUGGGUUUAUGACCAGUAUUUUUGUAAUCAUCUAAAAAUCUGGUGGAGAGAGAUGGGUGGGUGGGGGGUCUCAAAAGGAUUUAAAGUCGUCUCGCUUCACAUCAGUUACAAAAAAUCUAAAUGAGCAAUUUAACCCUUUUGAAUGGCGAGUUUAUUAUUCAGAUUCGUCUUAAAAGGUUACAGUAAGUACAAGGAGGAUGGUUUCUGGGAGUUUAAAGGGUUAAGGAUGUUUUGGAGUUGGUACACUAUUUGGUACACCUUUCUGGCUACAAGCCUCAGGAUCUUACAGAUUUCAUCUCUGAUGGGUUGUUUAUCCGCACUCCACUUAUUCCACAUCCUCAGAGAUUUGUCUCAAAUGACUUAAAUUUAGCUCAUAGAUUCAUGCAUUUGAGUACAAAAUGGAACUACAGUGCGUUAUCAUCUGAGUUUUGCUAGAAUCCGGUAAGCUUUGUCUAUAAACGUGGCUGAGACCCGACUGCUUUCACGCCGUCUGAGUGACAUCACAAACAAAUUUUAAAGAUGUGAUAAGAGAACCUUUUUAUUAUUUUUUUAAUUAUAUAUAUAAAUUAGGCGAUCUCUUCCUUGUCACAGUUGUUUUUUUUGUGUCUGGAAUGACGUGUGCACAGAAAGUGAGUGCAAACUACAUGAUUCUGAAGCUGGUGGCCAGAAAAGUGUACAAAAGCUACCUGCUCCCCGUGGUGGAAAUUUUUAUUUCUCGCCAAAUGAUUUCGUUAAAAAUCCGGCUGAAAUCCUGGAGAGCUAAACCCUGCUAGUUAAUUUCUAACUUCCUGUCUGGUGGUGUAUAUGACCAGGAAAUAAAACCAUGCUUGGGAAAAAAAAAAGUUGAAAGUCACCAACAAGGUUAAAAAGAAUCCAUAUAAAUACUGUAUAUAUUGUAUUAUAACUAGACGGAUGUUAUGUAAUUGACCUAAAUACAGGAUCAUGAUACUGUGCA